CACGAAACCCCCGUCAAGUUUGUCUGCUUGGAACCAUACGCCAGGCACCGAACGUUGUUUUCUUUUACGAAGUGUCCCAAGGCAAGAUGGUGACCAAAAUUAGACGCAGAGCACUCAAGAAAAUGAGGAAGGGGCUCCGCCUAUCCAAAAAGGAGCUCCCUAAGAAACUGAUUAAAGGUUUGCCCAAAGAAGAAAUUGAGAAGAAAGGUGCUGCUGCAACUUACGCCAAGCUUAAUGGUGCCCCUCCUGCAAUCAAACGAGACUUGAACCGUGCUAAGAAGAGGAUUCAGGUCUUUAAGAGGAAGGGUGGCACUGUCCAGUUCGUGAAGCAGAUUCGCGCCAUCCGCAAUCGCCUCAAUGACAGGUCCCGCAAGAUCAGGAUGAGGGCUAAGACUCAUCGUAUUAUGGCGGUUCGAGCUAAGACCUUGGCCCUAGCUCAGAAGAACGCAAAGGAGGGUGAGACCGUCACUAUGAAGGAAGCCAUGAAGGUUAAGCGACCUCACAGGUACCGCGUUGUGAAGAUGAGACACGUGUACGAGACCCAGCUCAAUAUGAGAAGAAUGGCAAGCAAGAAUUAUUUCAAACCAAAGGUGAUGCGCACUCGUGGCAACCUGAAGCUGCGCAACAGCCUCAAGCCGGGCACCGUGUGCAUCCUUCUCGCCGGCCGCUACAAGUGCAAGCGCGUCGUGUUCCUCAAACAGCUCAAGAAGACUGGACUUUGCCUCGUUACAGGUCCGUACGCUGUGAACGGAGUGCCUAUGCGUCGCAUAUGCCACAAGUACCUUAUUGCCACCAGCGUCCGUUUAGACAUGAAAGACGUUAAGAUGCCCAAGCAUAUUACUGACUCAUACUUCACGGCACAGAAAGGAGCAAGGAAAGCCAAGAAGACUGUUGAAGAAGAUUGUGAUUUUUUACGUAUUUCAAAGAAGGGCCCCACCCCUCAGCGCGUAGCUGACCAGAAGUCCAUCGACCGUCAGCUGCUGGCCGCCAUCAAGGCGCGUAAGGACAAGAAGGUACUCACCAAGUACCUCAAGUCUGAAUUCGGCCUCAGAGGAAAGCGUUUCAUCCACAACAUGAAAUUCUAAGUAAAUCUCUUGGCGGA